CAAUUGCAAACCCCCAAUCCUAAUCCCAGUUCUGCUCCCCUCUAAUCUCUAACAACCCAUCCUCCCUUCCUUCCCUCCAAACCCCCCCCCCCAAGACCCCACCAUGAACAUCGACACGCCCGCCAUCCAAGCCGCCUACGCCUCCGUCCGCGCCGAGUCCUCGCCCGAAAACUGGCUCCUCCUCUCGUACGCCUCGCCGACGUCGGACGCGCUGACGCUCACAGCGACGGGCAGCGGCGGGCUCGAAGAGCUCAAAACGCACCUGCUGGACGACCAGGCGCAGUACGCGUACCUGCGCGUCGAGUACGCCAACGACUCGGAGUCGACACGCGUCAAGUUUGCGCUGAUCAUCUGGAUUGGGGAGCGCACGCGGGUAAUGCGCAAGGCGAAGGUCGGGUUCCAGAGCGGCGAGGUGAAGAAGGUGCUGCGGCAUUACAGCGUGCAGAUUGACGCGGGGGAUCGCGGGGAUUUGGUCGAGGGGGAGGUGGUGGUGCGGUGUCGGAAGGCGGGGGGUGCGGAUUAUAAUGGGGGGAGGGGGUGA